CUUCGGAUAAUAAGUAUAUUUUAUAAGCAAUAUAGCAAAUAAUUGUCAUAUUUCCUAGCCCUCAAGCAUUCGGUUUUAUAAAAAAAAAUACUCUUAUUUUUUUUUAAAUUUAGGUUUGUUUUUAUCUAGGCGUAGUUUUGCUGAUUGUUUAGGCUUGUGUGAAAGACAAUGUUUCCAUUAUUUAUGAGCCACGUUCGCUGAAUUACAACAGAAUUUCUAAUCGUUUACGUAAACGUGGGAGUUUUUCGGUACUAGCCAGUACCGACGCAGACCGCAGCGAAGUCUUCGUCAACCGGUUCACCAAAAUGCGGUGGACUCUACUUAUUGCCUUGGUGUUUUUACUGGGCGUUUUACUAACAGAAGCAAAGCCUCUUUCUCCAGGAACAACGGAAUCAAGUGAUGAGGACGGAGACGAGUCAUCAACGAAGGAUAAGGCGGUAGACACAACAAAAGACGAAGAUUCGAAAUCGGGCGAUGAGUCCGAUUCUUCUGCGGACGACACCGAGGGCUCGGCGGAUCAAGGUGAGAAACCAGACGACAAGACAGCACAAAAGCGACAGUUUGGCUUUGGCUGGGGAGGACAUGGUCAUGGUUUCGGCGGAUGGGGACAUGGUUGGGGCUUGGGGCAUGGGGGGUACGGAUAUGGAGGAUGGGGUCAUGGUGAUUUAGGUGGGGUCUGGGGGGGAGCGGGAUGGCCAGGGGCGUGGUACAAAUCAAAGGUCCCAAGCAGCGAAAAUCCCCAAAAGAAACAGUGGGUAGCUAACGGUUAUCAUAGUGGUCUGGGUGUGGCUCAUGGGGCUGGCUAUAGUGACGGUCAUUACGCCGGACACGAGUAUGCAACCGGACACCACCCUUGGGGACCAGGUGCGGGAUGGCCCGGAUUUUGGUACAAGUCUUCUGUCCCUCGAGGCCCCAUUAGAGCCAAUAAAAGGCAAUUUAUCUCUGGGGGAGCACCCUGGGGGUUCGGUUACCCUGGUUACGCACAUUAUGGGCAUCCUGGGUUUGGGGCGUGGCCCGGAUGUGGUAUGGGGGUCCCAGUUGGCUGUGGUGGUUGCCAUGGAUACAGGUCUGACAUCACUGAAGCUGACGCAGGAAAGCGCAGUAAAAUCGAUGAGAAGAAAAUCGAGAAGAGAUGUGGUUGCUUUCCAGGCUGGGGUGGAUUAGGUGUCAUCGGGGGAUGGGGUCCAUACAGCCCAUUAGGCGUAGGAUGUGGAGGACUGUGGGGUCCUGGGUGGGGAUAUUUCGGCCCCUGGGGUUAUGGAGCCCAUUUAGGCUUUGGUUACGGAGGCAGUUGCGGAUGUGGAGGCGGUUGUGGAUGCGGAUGCGGUUGCGGUUGCGGUUGCGGCUGCAGGUCUGAUGUCCCAUCCGCUGAAAAAGAUAAUGACCCUUCCUCCUCAGCCAAAGUCGAAAAGCGCGCUGCUGCAGAAGACGUGAGCGAAGAUGACGAUGAAAAGAAGGACGAAGAUGAAGACGAAAAGAAAGACGAAGGCAAGGACGAGAAGAAACACGAAAAGGAUUGCAAUUGCAAACCAGAGUACGCAAAGGACGCCAAGGGCGAGAAAAAAUGCUGCGGAGGAUUCGGACUAGGCUUCGGAGGUUAUGGUGGAUACAAUAGUUACGGCUUUGGGUACCCAUACGGUGGACUGUAUAGUUAUGGCUACGGCCUCGGCUACCCUGGAUACGCUGGGUACGGUUACGGACUCGGCCUUCCCUAUUACGGAGGACUCGGAUAUUACGGUCUUGGGGCGGGAUGUUGUUGCCGCAAAUCCGAGGUUGCUCGUGGACCCACUAGAAAGAGGCGUGAUGCUGACAGCAAAGACAGCAAGCGAUGCUGUGGUGGAGGUGGCGGGGCUCCUCCAAUCACCGGAGGAUGUGGCGGCUGUGGCGGAUGUAGUAGCUGUUGCGGUUGCGGUUGUGAUGGCGGUUGCGGUUGCGGAUGCGGGUGCGGAUGCGGGUGCGGUGGUGGCUGUGGAUGCGGUGAUAUUGGCGGGUGGAAUCACGGCGGCUGUGGCGGCUGCGGACAUGGUGGUGAUUGGUUCGGCGGAUGGGGUGACUGUGGGUGUGGCUGUGGGCAUCACGGUGGAUGGGGUGAUGGCUGGGGACAUGGUGGAUGGGGUCAUGGUCUAGGAGGAUAUGGAGGUUACGGUCACGGAUGGGGUUACGGAUACGGCGGCCAUGGUGGCUGCUGUGGGGGAUGUGGCGGAGACGGCUGGUAUAAAUCAAAAAUCGCUAAGGAUGCCAAAAAGGCAGACAAAUCCGAAGAGAAACCAAAAGCUAAACGUGAUGCCCCUGAGACCAAAACCGAAAAAGUCGCUGAUGCACCAACAGCUGCAGACAAGAAAGAGAAAAGCGCUAAACGUUGCUGUGGCGGAUGCGGUUACGGAGGCUGGGGCGGAUAUGGCGGUUUGGGCGGAUACGGCGGCUUGGGCGGAUACGGAGGCUUCCUAGGUCACGCUGGCUUCGGAGGCUGGGGCUUCCCUGGCGGAUUUUUGGGGGGAUACGGUGGCUAUGCUCCUCUUGGGUGGGGCGGGUAUGGAUACGACGCAUGGGGCCACCCUGGCGGCUGGGGCUGGGGCGGCGGCUGUGGCUGCUGCAAGUCUAAGGUCGCCAAGGGCGAUAAAGAUAAAAAGGGAUCGAAGCGUUGCGGUUGCGGCUGCGGCGGUGGGUGCGGUUGCGGAUGCGGGGACGGAUACGGUUAUGGCGGUUAUGGCGGAUAUGGCGGAUGUGGAUACGGAGGAUAUGGCGGAUACGGAUUCCCCGGCGGCUGGGGUCAUGGAUUAGGAUGGGGUGGUCCCGGUUUCGGAUGGGGAGGUCCAGGAUUCGGAGGUUGGGGACAUGGCUGGGGGUACCCCGGAUUCGGUGGAUUCUACAAGUCAAAGAUCCCACAGAAGGCGGCCGAUGUAAAGGCUAGCACUCGUGGGGACAUCCCUGAGGCCGCAGAGAAGAAGCAGACCAUCCACUUAGGGUACGGCUACGCAAGUGGGGAUAACUACAGACUUGGGUACGGACUCGGUGGAAUGGGAGGACUGCAAGGUUACCAUGGAAGCCUUGAUGCGCACGAGCCAAUGUCCGGACCAGCCUCGUUCCGAAGUGCCAUUCCUAAGGGCUCGGACGACAAGACGGAGACUGGGGCCAAGCGAUGGGGAGGCUGGGGAGGCCACGGUGGGUGGGGCGGACAUGGUGGGUUCGGCGGACACGGCUGGGGAGGACAUGGUGAUGGCCAUGGUUACGCGGCACCCUACGGACACCCUAUCACGCACCCUGGAUUCACUACAAUCGGUUUCCCUGGACACGCCGUAGCAACCGCUGACGUUAAAACGAAAAUUGCCACAAAAGGCAAACAGAAGCGACAGAUAAUCUCCUCGCCAUUCGCGGGUGCCGAAGGCUUUCCAGCCUACCCUGCGAUUCCUGCUGCACCGCUAGGAUUUGGGGCCGUUCACCCUCCGUUCCUCGGGGCGCCCUUUGAGCACGCGCCCAUGUACGCCGCGCCAUUAGUACACGCUCCUGUGCUUGCACCAGCGUUUGCACAUGCGCCUAUGGCGUACCCCGCUGCCUAUCCUGCCGCAGUACCGGCGGCUUUGCCUGCCAUUCCAGGAGUCCACGCCUUCGGAGGAUACGGCCUCGCAAGACCAGCGCUUCCCCAGUUUCAAGCGUUUGCUCCUGCUUUCGGCAAAAAGAGAUCUUCAAUUCCCAAGGAAAAGAACUAAACCUGCUCGUUAGGAGGCGGAGAAGGUAUAUCAAAGAAUAACACGCUGGUUCCGGGAACGUAACAUAUCAUAUCAGAGCUUACUUUGCCAUUGGUGACGUCAUCGGCGACGUCAUGAAAUAAAACGAUCUCAAAAUAUAUGUACUUAUUUAGAUGCUGACAUUUAGACCUCAUUUUUAUUAUCACCAGUUUACUUCCGGUCUAUUACGUAACAAUCUCCAAUGACUUUUAACGGAAAACGCGAAAAAAAAUAUUUAACCUUAUUCAGACUUGGCUAUUUUGAGCUGUCUGUGACUGGGGGGGGGGUGGCUAAAAGGCCCCCCCCCUCCGUAUUUCAUGAACCGCUUAGGCUAUGACCAUUAAACUUACAGACAAUGAUCACCAACAUGCAAAGAAUAGUCACGUCCUAUUUUGGGUGUGGUCGAACAAUUAUGACCUCACAAUGACGUCAUAAAAUCGAUGUCUAGAUAUUCUUUCAAAUAUUACCUAAAUUAUCAGAUAUCGAGAUCGUUUUAUAUCACUUAUAUACGUCAAAAUCAAAGUUUUAACGGCUUUACAAUGCAAAAAUGCCAUAAAAACCUUUUUCAUCAAUUUUUUGGAGGAAUUUCCGCCAUCUUGGAUUCUUAUGAUUUUUGGAAAAGAAAAAAAAUCUGUAAUUAUUACAAAAAAAGUAUUUGCAUGAAUGUAUUACUACUCAUAGUAAUGAUAAAUGCAUAAUAUUA